CCGUUUUUUUUUUUUUUGAGGUCCGUUGACUGACAACAAACAUGGAUGCCAACUGCACAUUGGUUUGCUGUGAAGAGGAGAGAGAAGACGAUAAAGCUGCUAUUGUUCAGUUCUCUAACGGCAUCCUGAGGAACACACAGCAGCUGGACUUCAGCUUCUAUAAGAACGUGGACCAGACCAACCCGAGGAAGAAGAACCGACGCAUGCUGGUUGCAGAAUCAGACAGACUCUCCUAUGUUGGUAAUAACUUUGGAGCAGGAUCCUUGAAAUGCAACAACCUUUGCAAGUAUUAUGUCGGGGUGCUGAACAAGGAGACCAUGAGGAUGGAGGUGCACAACGCUCAACUCUUCAACAUGCAGCCCGUCAUCCCAGGGGAGGCGUCUACAGAGAAUGACGCGUCCCAGAACACAGAUCUAACAUACAGGGAAAAGGUGGACUCUCUGAUCGAGGCGUUUGGCACCAACAAGCAGAAGAGAGCUCUGACCUCCAGGAGACUGAACCAGGUGGGCAGUGAGACCCUGCAGAGCGCUGUGGCAAAGGCUGCCCAUUCCAUCAUAGACCAGAAGGGCCUGGAAGCCCUUCAGCAGGAAGUUGUUCAGGCAGAAUCCCAGUCUGCAGUGUCUCAUUACCUUCCUCCCUGCUACCCCGACGCUGACACACCUCAACAGGUCUACCUGUUUGACGACAUCCUGUCUCCGGUGGAGUACGAUGUCCUGGAUGCUGCUGGCUCCAAGAUGGCCGCCCUGACCCCUGAGGAACUACAGAACUUAACAGAUGAAGGGUGUCAGAGCGUGGUGUGUCAGUUGGAGAGCCUGCCCAGAGAGGGCGUGGCCCGAGAGAGACAGGCUCGCUGUGCCUUCUACCUCCUCCUGCUGCUCAAACUGGCACGGCAGAAAAACAUGACUCGCAAGUUCGGGCAGGAAGAGGGCUGUCCUCGUAUCAUCCACAUCAAGCUGAUGAGGACCUUCACCGUGGAGACCUUCAAUAACGGCAGGGUGCAGUACGUGGUGUCUACGUCGAUGCGUGUGAAGGUGGCAGCGUACUGCCUGGCCCUGCUGCUCCACAUGGGAGACAUGACCGCUGACCUCACCCUGUUACACAGAGACCUGGGGGUCACAGAGAAACGGAUGGUGGAGGUGGCCAAGUCGAUGGGGUUGACCCUGUCCAGACACGGCUGUGUGACGGGGGACAGCGACGGGCCGACGGCCGAGAACAGACUGGCGUCUCUGCAGCUGCCGCUCGUCAAAUACCAAACGUUCACGGAGAUACGCAAACGCAAAAAAAUGCAUUAGAGGAAGACGAGGGGAAACGCUUCCUAACACACCGGCAGCGUCGUCUGGUUUUUGUCCGAAGUUUCAACGUUCAACUUUUCUGUCAAGCCGCCUGCAGCAGACAGUCUGAUACAUCCAACGCGACGCUCUACCCAGAACGCACUGCGACUGCCUCUGAAAACGCAGCGCGUCGUUUUA